AUGGUAGUAUUACCCGAUGGAACGAAGCAAUGGUUACCGAACUGCAAAAGCGAAAACACCCCAUACAUUGGGCAAGAAUUUGCAUCACUAGAAAACGGAGUAGACUUCUAUGGGGCAUACGCAGCCAUCGCCAGAUACGAUAUCCGACACGGGACGAAGCGAUGGAACAGGGCAGGGGCAGUCCAUAUAAAAUAUAUUUUAUGCUCACGGGAAGGAUACAAGCCCAAAAAGAUGAGUAGUAGCAACAAAGGAACCACCACCUCACCGAAGAAAAGGCGCCGGCUAUCAACUCGUGUUGGUUGUAAUGCCCGAAUCGGGUUCACAAGGCACAAAAGCGGUAGCUACACAAUCCAUGCACUUGAGCUAUGGCACACACACUACCUAUGCUCUGACAUUGGGAGGCCAUUUCUUAAAAUAAAUAGGAAGCUAGAUAUUGGACACAAAAUAUUCGUAGCAAACUGUGCAAGGGCAAACAUUGGUUCCACAAAAUCAUGGAGGCUAUACAAGGAAAUGGUUGGAAGUUUUUCAGAUAUAGGAGCAACAUCCACCGAUUUCUGCAAUUUUAGAAGGGACUUGUUGGCAUAUAUUGCUGGAGCAGAUGCACAGAUGGUAGUAGAAGACAUAUACAAAAAUAAAGAGAUGGAACCAGACUUCUACUUUGAUUUUGAUCUCAACGAAGACAUGGAGCUAUGCAAGCUUUUUUGGGCAGACACGAUAUCCCGGAAGAAUUAUGCAUGUUUUGGCGAUGUGAUGUCAUUCGACGCAACUUACAGCACAAACAGAUACAAGCUCGUAUUUGUACCGUUUACAGGAGUCGACAACCAUAAACAGAGCAUUACAUUUGGGGCAGGCCUCAUUGCAAGAGAGGACGUGGAGUCGUACGAGUGGCUAUUAAAAAACUUCAAAACCGCGAUGGGCUAUACACCAAGAUGUGUUAUUACAGAUCAAGACCCUGCAUUAAAGGUCGCAAUACCUAACAUUAUGCCGGAAACAAGGCACCGAUUCUGUAUGUGGCACAUCAUGGAAAAAGUGGGGGACAAGGUAGGGAAUGCACUAGCAAAAAACAUGGAGUUUAGGAAGGCACUGAACAAUGCAGUAUGGGACGAAACUUUAAGUGUAACUGCAUUCGAAUUGAAAUGGGAAGAGGUAAUGCAGGGGUACAACCUUGUUCAACACCGGUGGUUUGAUCAAAUGUACAAAGCCCGUGCAUCAUGGAUACCUGCAUAUUUCCAAGAUAUAUUCAUGGGGGGACUACUCAAAACAACAUCACGGUCAGAAUCAGAGAACAGUUAUUUUGGCAAAUUCACCAAUCACCACAACAGCUUGGUAGAGUUCAUAAUGCAAUACAACCGCGCCACCGGAGAACAAAGGUACCACCAAAAACAGCUGAACGCCGAGGGCGAAAGUUCAUUCCCUGAAACCAAAACCCCAUUGGCCAUAGAACGCCAAGCUACUGCAAUGUACACCAAAAACAUAUUCUACGACUUCCAGGAAGAAAUAUGGGAAGGAAGCUUCACAUGCAAAAUCACAUGCAAGAUAAAUGAUGAUGGGGGUUACAAGUACACUGUUCAUGAAACGGGGGGAAAUAUAUUUGAGGUAACGCACGAAGAAUCUACUAAAAGAACAGAAUGCAAUUGUAACAAAUUCAACAGAGUAUGA